CACCCGCAUUUUCUAGCUCGCUCACUUCGUUAUUUACACAUUUACACAGCUGAGACAGCUUGAGAUUACGUGUGAUUUCUCCCUGUACGGAUGGUCGUCGUCGGCUCACCUGAGUUAUCAUGAUAACGUCAGCCACGUUACUUCUGCUAUUUAUACAAUGUGCGAUCGCGUAUUUCAAUGUGGAGGAACUUAGGAGUUUCAAAUAUGAAGUUGACAUUGUGAGCACACCUGUGAAGAUCAGCGAUGAUAUUGGAGCAUCGGUAAUGCUUAUGACGACAAAGUUUGGACAAGAGUAUCAGUGCUCCCUGCCCGAGAAUUCCUACCCGACGGAGCACGCAGAGUCUGAUGAUCCUGAUGCUGAGGCACCGGACGUCUUAAAGUUACUGGAGCCGCUAAGAAAUGCGCCUUGUUUGACUAAGACGAGAAAUUGGUGGACAUAUGAACUCUGCUAUGGAAAGUCGAUUAAGCAGUUUCAUGUAGAAAACGGCAAACCAGAAGGGGCAAUCAUAUUUCUUGGCCUCUACGACUACGAUUUUGACUGGAACAAUGAAACAAACCUGGAACAGUUCAACAAAACAGGCCAACAAAAGUACCACAGCCAGGUUUACAGCCACGGUUCCAAAUGCGACAUUACUGGUGUCCCGAGGAGAGCGGAAGUCAGGUACUUCUGCGAUGAAGAGUCCACUGAUUACAUCGACAGUGUGGAAGAGCCGGAAACUUGCAGCUAUGUCUUCACGGUGCAAACGUCGAGGGUGUGCGCGUUUCCGCCAUUGAAGCGGAUAUCUCCGUCCAAGCCUCACACCAUCUCCUGCAGUCCCAGGCUGACCGAGAAACAGUACCAGAAGUACCUGGAAGUCAAGGAGAAUGAAAAGAAAUUGGAGGAAGAGAAGAGAAAACUGUGGCUGCUCGAGCAGCAGAAAAACCUGGAAGCCAUCAAGUCUUUCGUGAAGAAGGAACCCAGCAUUACCAACUUGGAGAAACCUGUGGUGGACAUUAAAGAGGCACAAACUGAGGUGCCAGCCGAGACGCAGGACGACGAAGCACCCGUUCUGGAAAAUACGCGAAACGAUGUGGCAAAGCAGUUCAAAGAAGUGUUCAGCAAGAAGGGAGAGGGCGACCUUCACGAUGAAGCCACUGCCCAGUUCAAGGAUGACAGUCAGGCAGACAUGAAUGUAGUGCUCGAGAGACUGAUGAAACGUCUGAAACAGAUGGAGGCUGAUGCCGAGGCUGAUGCUGAAGAGGGCGCAGGAAGUACCUCUCAGCAACAUGUUGCUGAAGGACAGCAAAGCACCGAGCAUCUUGGAGAACCAGAGGAUGCCACCCAGGAUGCAACAGGUGGUGAAGAGGUUGUGGGAGAUGAAUACGACGGAGAUGAUUCCGGUCCCUUGGUCAGCAGAGAAGGGCAUCAAGAUGCUGCUGAAGGCGACUAUGAAGACAACUCAGGGUACCCAGGUGAAGAUGGUCAAGAAGACCCUGAUGCAAGUAAACAGGGUGAAGAAGGGGAUGUUGAGAGCCAAGCAGGGGCAGAGACGGAGCCAGAAGAGGUAGGCAGCCUGCGAGUUCGCAUCCGACGGUAUGGCCAGCGCAAGUCGAAGGAGCCUGGCAAAAAAACGGCCAAAUACCAGGAGUUGGAUUUGCCUUCCGAGGACAAGUCGAAGUUGGAAACUGCACUGAGGGACAGGCUACAGAAAGCAGGUGUUUCCACAGGAGGAAGAAAAAUUGAAGUCAAGAUAAUCACUGCUGGUUAUUACGAUGAUGAGGAAGCAAAAGGCUUGAACGUUCUUUCUCCAGAAGAGACCCGACAGUUUCAGAACAUGAUAGUUACCCUCUUGAUGGGAAACCAAGAGGCUACCCAGGAGAUUGAAAAGCACCUUAGGCUGGAGAAGAAUUACAAUUUUGUGUGGAACAACGAAGAGACCGAUACGGAUGCACCAGCUUCAACUGCGGAAGAUGAAGAAGAGAGAUAGCCAUCACACGUUCACACAUCACAAGACUAGUCAUCAUCGCUGUCUCGAAUCUCUCCACAAACUUUCAUCUAAAAGGUGUGAACGGAUUGGGGGGUGGGUAUGUACUAGUAGUCAGAAUGGGCAGUGUGCAUUGCGAGUGCAUUUUCAUGCACUAGGGGAGUGGAACACCUUGUGACCCUUUCGCGAGCAGCACGUUUCGAUCUCGGCUCGCUUGCUGUAGUUGUGAACACAUCUUUUGUAUAUCUUUUUUUUCACUGCAUUGUUACCAAAAAUAAAAGUGAACUAUAGUGCAUCUGUAAACUUUUGAAA